UCUUCCCAAGUCCCAACUAUCGCUUUCUUUUACUUGCACAUUUUCAAAACCCCGUCCUUGCAUAUUUAUAAGAAGCCCCUCCCUUCUUUAUCUCCCUUGUAACAAUCCAACACUCUUUUCUUUCUCUCUCUUUCAUACCUCUCCAACCAAGACCAAUUUGAAAACCUCUUCAAUCCAACAAACAAACGUUCUCCCUUUUGUUCUGAGAGAAUCAAUGGAUGGAAAAGGAGCAAGAAGUAGCAACACCCUUUUAAGUAGUGAGGACGAGAUGGACCUUCGAAGAGGCCCUUGGACCGUCGAUGAAGACCUCACUCUUAUCAAUUACGUUGCCACUCAUGGCGAAGGUCGCUGGAAUACCCUCGCCCUCUCUGCUGGGCUGAAACGAACGGGGAAGAGUUGCAGAUUGAGGUGGCUGAAUUAUCUGCGUCCUGAUGUUCGACGUGGAAACAUCACGCUUGAAGAACAACUUUUGAUUCUGGAGCUCCAUUCUCGCUGGGGAAACCGAUGGUCGAAAAUUGCUCAAUAUUUGCCUGGUAGAACCGACAAUGAGAUAAAGAACUAUUGGAGAACCCGUGUCCAAAAGCAUGCCAAGCAACUCAAAUGCGACGUGAAUAGCAAGCAAUUCAAGGACACCAUGCGUUACAUUUGGAUGCCAAGGCUCGUGGAACGCAUUCAAGCCACCGCUGCCGCCUCCGCCACCACAACCGUUACCGCUACCACCGCGACCAACAAUGCAUACACCUACGGAAGCAACCUUAAUAACAACAAAUUCGAGGUUCACGAUCACAAGGGCAAAAUGGGGUUAACCGAUCCUUCAGUUAUGAACAAUGACUUAGUGGGUUCACAUGUCACGCAAAGUUACACCCCUGAGAAUAGUAGCACCGGUGCGUCAUCAUCAGACUCGUUUGGGACUCAAGUCUCAGCAAUUUCUGAUUUGACUGAAUAUUACACUGUCACUGUUAGUGGUAACAAUAACAAUACUAAUUCUGCGGAUUAUUAUCAACCCUCUCAAAUUAGUUACUCGGAUAGUUGCAUCACAAGCCCAUCUGGGUUGUUCCCUCAAGGGCUAGAUUUUCAAUCCAUGGAUCCAAACACCCCGUGGAACAUGCAAAGUGGGGACUCCUCUGACAGUUUUUGGAACGUUGAAAGCAUGUUGUUCUUAGAGCAGCAACUCAUGAAUGACAACAUGUGAAAACAUUGGGAAUAGGAAAAUAAGACUUAGAUACGGUUCUUCUUAGUAUUGUGUUUUAAUUAAAGUUAAAGUUAACACAAGUUAUUGAAGUGAAACUUUAAUUUUAAUUGAAUAAUAAUACUGAAAACAAGAGUUGUAUUUAAGUUUUAUUCUUUUAUGAAUUAUGAAUUAGAUUGACAGAAGGGGUUGUUUGUGAAAUAUACAGGUGAAAGUAUAGAAAGUAGCAACAUUAAUAAAUCAUUCAUGUGUAGCACACACCUAGAUAUUUAGGAUCUAUGAUCAACAAAUAUCUGAAACGGUGGAUUAUUAUAAGGAUAAAGAGAAGGAUUUUUUUUUUCCA